ACUUGCCCCUCUUAUUUGCGGGUGCUGCCGACGCAUGCGCAUAGGGCGCAACGGCUAGGCUUCCUAAUCGAUGAUCGAGUGACACAACGACACCUCCCUUUACACUUUGUCUAUCACAAUGGCAGACAAACAAAACGCACAGAAAAGUGUCAAAAUAGCCGCUGGGGCCGUAGUUUGCGUUGAAAGUGAAAUCAGAGGCGAUGUCACCAUAGGCCCCAGGACAGUGGUCCAUCCGAAAGCUCGUAUUAUUGCGGAGGCAGGACCCAUCGUGAUUGGAGAAGGCAAUUUGAUCGAGGAGCAAGCUCUGAUCAUCAAUAGUUACCCAGAAAACAUCACACCAGAUUCUGAGGUGGAACCUAAAACAAUGACAAUUGGUGUCAACAAUGUAUUUGAAGUUGGCUGUGUAUCACAAGCCCUGAAAAUUGGAGACAACAAUGUCAUUGAAUCUAAAGCUGAUGUAGGUAGGAAUGUGAUCCUCACCAGUGGAUGUAUUGUUGGAGCCUUCUGCCAGGUCAACACGUGCGAGGUCAUCCCAGAGAACACUGUAAUCUAUGGUUCUGGAUGCAUGAGGCGGGUUCAGACAGAGAGGCCACAGCCUCAGACUCUUCAGCUUGACUUUCUGAUGAAGAUUUUGCCGAACUAUCACCAUUUAAAGAAAACCGUUAAAGCAGGCCAUACCACUAGCUAAAAUGUAACUUUGCAAACACACAUGUAAAUACAAAAUGCUAAUAGGAAGCAUGAAUGUAUAUAAUUCUAAAAUAUGUAUGCAGCUUCAGUAGAAUGUUUUUCAGCAAUUUGUAUUAUUAUACUAUCCUAACUGCAGCAGUUUGCCUUCAUCUUGCUGUGCUGAUCUACUGUUUUCUAUAAUUAAAAGUCUCUUUAAAAUGCCAA